GUUUCAUAAGUGACCUUCGGGGGAAACCUGCAUAAUCUGAUAUUCUACCCAGCCUGUUGUGGCCAAAGCCAAGAGUUAAAGUCUCAUUACAACGCAACUGUUCUCCGACUAGAGCAGUGAUGCCAAGACGAUCUCAAGUGGCACAGCACCUCCUCCUCCCUCAACGGCGCGCACACCACCUCUCCUUCCACACUUGGAGCAGCUGGAAUGGAUGAGCUACUUGCGUUUUAACCGAGACUACAUCAGCGCGCACGCAAACCCGUUAAGGACAGGAAACAUUGGACAAAAAUAGAGCGAUGCCAUCUUGUGACGAAACCUCAAUCCAGUUGCGAAAGGAGCAGGAUGAAUUUAAUGCUCUCCAGAUUCUUGGCAUACCUUCACGUCUGGCUCCAGGUCGCUCUUCAGAUGUUUAUUUACCCGUGUCAUCUACAUCCCCAACCUUGUCACAUCUUGGCACGCAUUGGUCACACGGUGCGUUUGGGUGCGCUCUUGCCGACCCGCCAGCAGUCCAGGAUACAGGGCGCACUCAACCGCGCCCUGGUCCACCUCCGGCAAAGUGGGAACAACUUCUUACCAUACAAUCUGAGCUUGGAAGUGUUGUCCCGAGAACCGCUCAAUGGAGACCCGGAGUCCAUGUUCAGGUGCGUGUGUCAGGAUAUCGUUGUGCAAGGAGUCUCCGCCGUGCUUGCGUUCCCACAGAGACACGAGGAGCUCGUACAAGUGGAGUUUAUGUCUUCGUUUUUGGAAAUACCUUUCAUCAGCAUCCUUGAACAGGGUGAACCUCUUAAGACUCAGAACCGGUUCCACCUGCAGAUGAUGACACGCACACCCCCCUCCGGACUGGCGGAGCUGCUGUUAGCGGUGUUGCUGAAGGGGGGCUGGCAGGGCGGGGCUGCCACUCUUUGUCCGGAAGGCGGCAACACGGGCAUGCCGGAAGAGUUGGAACAGCUGGGUCAUCUGGGCGUGGAUGGAGCGCACUGGCACCUUUGGGAGACCCUCAACCUGUCCAGACUAGUAUCCACAACAGCAGAGGAGGGAAAGGAACAAUUAAGGGAAGAUAAGGUGAUGAAGGUUCUCUCACAGCUCUUUAGCAGGACUCCAUCUGCCCCAGCGUCCUCCGUGGUUCUCUUCAGCUCCGACCCAGAAUGCACGGCCACUGUACUACGGAGCGGCCACCAGCUGAGUUUUGCGUUUCCCCCGAUGCAGUGGAUUAUGGGAUACCCUCUUAGUUUGGAUUCUCUACAAUCUAUCGGCUCUCCAUUGGGCCUUCUGGCUUACGGGGAGGUGAAUCGCAAACCCCUGAACUUCUACAUAAGAGAUGCCCUGCAGCUGAUUGGCAGGGCUGUGUAUGCUGCGACCAUGGUGAGACCGGACCUGGCGCUUAUCCAGAACAUGGUCAACUGCUUUGACAAACCCAAUAAACAUGAGUUGCCCUCCUCUGGACAGUACCUCGCCAGGUUCUUGUCAAACACUUCCUUCAUGGGGCUGACAGGCCCAGUGCGAGUACAGCGCUCCCUCUCCAGGGUGCUUACCUCCCAGCGUUACCAUAUCUGGAGUCUACAGAGAGACCCUCUAGGCCAGCCCAGUUGGGUGACCGUGGCAAGCUGGCAGUCAGGCCUGCUGGAAGUGGAGGAACAGGGGCUGUGGCCAGGCGCGACCCAGCGUCAACGGGAAAUGGGCCCAGGGAUCAGGCUAGGCGGCCGUUGGCAAGCGGGGCUCCCAGUGGCAGGGAGCAGAUUGCGCGUGGUGACCUUGGUUGAGCAUCCGUUCGUAUUCACACGGGAGGUGGAUGAUGAGGGCCAAUGUCCGGCAGGUCAGCUGUGCCUUGACCCUCAAACCAACAGCUCCGAAGUCCUCAACCAGCUGUUUAGAGAGCUGGAGCAGACGAACAUCAGUUCACUGCCAACUGACAUCCGUAAAUGCUGCUAUGGCUACUGCAUCGAUCUGCUGGAGAAGUUAGCUGAGGACAUGCACUUUGAAUUUGACCUGUACAUCGUGGGUGAUGGGAAAUACGGCGCGUGGAAAGGUGGUCGAUGGACCGGGCUGGUGGGCGAUCUGCUCAGUGGUGUAGCUGAUAUGGCCGUCACCAGCUUUAGCAUCAAUUCGGCUCGAAGCCGAGUGAUCGACUUUACGAGUCCCUUCUUCUCCACUAGUCUGGGAAUCCUGGUGCGCAGCAAGGACACGGCCGCACCCAUCGGUGCCUUCAUGUGGCCCCUUCAUUGGUCCAUGUGGGUGGGCAUCUUUGUGUCUCUGCAUAUUACGGCACUCUUCAUUACACUGUACGAGUGGAACAGUCCGUUCGGCAUGACGCCGCACGGACGCAACCGCAUCAGGGUCUUCUCGUACUCGUCUGCUCUGAACCUCUGCUACGCAAUCCUGUUUGGUCGGACUGUUGCCAGUAAAACACCAAAGUGCUGGACAGGAAGGUUCCUCAUGAAUCUUUGGGCCAUAUUUUGCCUGCUGGUUUUGUCCAGCUACACGGCCAACCUAGCAGCUGUCAUGGUCGGGGAGAAGACCUUUGAGGAGGUGUCAGGGAUUCACGAUGUCAAGCUCCAUCACCCGUCUCUAGGGUUUCGCUUUGGCACAGUUCGAGAGAGCAGUGCUGAAGAUUAUGUGAAGAAGAGCUUCCCCGAGAUGUAUGAAUACAUGAGGCGCUUCAACAAGCCCACCACUCCGGAUGGAGUUUCUACACUGAAGACAGAUCCUCCUCAGCUAGAUGCUUUCAUCAUGGACAAAGCUCUGCUAGACUAUGAGGUUUCCAUAGAUGCAGACUGCAAACUCCUGACUGUAGGCAAACCAUUUGCUAUUGAAGGUUACGGGAUCGGGCUGCCCCAGAACUCUCCCCUCACAAGGAACGUGUCCGAAUAUGUCAGCCGCUACAAGUCCGACGGCUGCAUGGACAUGCUACACGACAAGUGGUACAAAGUGGUUCCCUGUGGAAAGAGGGUUUUUGCUGUGACAGAGACGCUGCAGAUGGGCAUCCAGCAUUUUUCGGGGCUGUUUGUGCUGUUAUGCGUGGGGGUGGCGGGGGCUUUGCUCACUCUGUUGGGGGAACACGCUUUCUUCAGAUUCAUCCUGCCUCACCUCCGCCACCAGCAGAGAUUUAAAUACUGGCUUCACACUAGUCAGAAAAUCCAUCGUGCAUUAAACAUGGGUUGUGAAGAUGACAGGAAAUCACAGGCUGAGAGCACAAACAGAUGUUCCACCUUGUGCCUGUCAGAGAACUGUAACCUACACCGCCUGCCAUCAGCCGUCCCCACCUCCUCAUCCCCUCAGCCUUCCACCUCCUCCGCUUCCACUUCCUCUUCCACAACCAAAUGGAACAAUCAGAGCGCAAAGGCCGGACGAGAGGCCAAAGACCAUAACAAACAUGUCCACUUCAACCUGGAGACGCUCAACAGCUACCAACUCCAAGCCCCGCCCCCUGGUCCCGAGAGGAGCCGUAGAGGGCUGGUGGGUAGUCCACCAACCCAGUUGUGUUCCAACGGCGGCCCCAAUCUCAGUCUCAGCCUGGUGCUCUCACCUCCGGCCUGCCCGGGAGCGUCGUCGCCAUGGGAAGAAGAACUGAGGGAGCUGCAGGGGAGGAUCGAGGAGUUUCGUGGCCAGUUGAGAGCUGCCCUGGCCAGGAGAGCAGAGCUCCAGCGAAACCUGGUCAGACAAAGGCUCAGCCAGCCCCAAACAGUCUCAUCCUCUAAUCCUGCCGAGACGUCGGCCCCUUCCAACACCAACACCCUGACCAAAGACAUUAACAGAGGCAGGUGAUGUAUGUGACCGGAGCGGUGAAUAUAGGGGACGUUCUCUCAUCUGAGGAUUCAUGCAGCCCUAUAUCCUGCUUUCUCCUUGAUCGCUGGGGUGUUAGAGAUGGAUUGAACAUUAUGUGAUGGAGAUUCAGUUUGUAAUCCUGCAGUCCGGCUGACUUCCAGCUCAAGAGAGAAAGCAUUUAUCUGUGUGUAUUGUGUGUCUGUGAAUGUGUGCGUGUGCGUUAUAAGCUGGAGAGCAGUGGACAGAGAACAGACUCUUAAAUACAACAUUCACUGCUUGCCAAGGUAAGUAUCUGCAGCUACAGUUGUUCAGUAUGAAAUAGCUUCUUUUUUUUGUAAAUAAUUCAAUGGGAUUACUUAGUGGGAUAAGCAACGAUGGACCAAAUUUUGUUUUGCUGUAGUGUACUUUUUCCACACUAUACUGUAUGAAUAGACAUGAUGUUUGCUUAUGUGUUUUAAUGGUGAUAAAGUAUGAUUCUGUAGGAGAUGUGUGACUUUCAGAUGGUUCAUUUACCCUGAAUAAUCUAAAUAUUAAAAAGUCUGACUGGUCGAUUAAUGCAUUUACUACAAUUAAUAAAUCAUUUUUUGGAAAAAGUUUUGCUGAUAAAGCCUAAAUAUUUUUGUGCUAGUUAACUGCAGUGAUCUGUUUAGCGUCAGACAUUUUUGCCAAAUAUGUGACUUUGGCCUUGAUUCAGUAAGUGUUCAAAAUCAACAAUUAGUGCACUGUGCUCUUAAAAAUGCUAGGUUGUUUCAGUCAGUGGUUGGGUCGAUAUGGACAAACACAGCCAUUGGAAAAAAACAGUAUGGACCUAUUUGUACUGUUGGUUUAAAUUAACCUGGAAAACUUUCAUCUUUGACCCAACCUUCGGUUGAAACAACUCAGCAUUUUUUUUAGAGAGUACACUUGAAAAAAAAUGCUGGGUUGUUUUAAACCCAUGGUUGUGUCAAAAAUGGACAAACCCAAACGUUGGGUUAUAAAUAAAUCUAUGUUGGGUUGUUUAGCCCAAAAUGCUGGGUUAUUUCAACCCAUGGUUGGGUCAUAUAUAGACAUUUUCCUAGAGGUCACAUUUUCAAAACCACUUCACAGGCGUAGCUUGUUGAUGCUGUGAAGGAACGUGGAAUGGUGGAAGUUGUUUUGACCUUUAAAGCUGAUGGAGAUCAAUCUGAUGGGACUCACAAUUCAUGUUCAUGAUGACAUUUUUUAUAACCGUUACGUUAUAAUAUAUGAUAGAAAAAACAACCGAGUGGCGUGCUAUAGAUGUUACAACUGGAUUUUUAAAUGAGACUCUCGGUUUUGCUGUAGGUGUGUGCAUCUGCAUCCGGUGCUGCACAGUUUGAUCUGCAUAUGA